CCUGUUCGUUUUAGGGAGAAGGUAUAGUGGUGGUGCACUAUAGGCCAGGGGAAUGCUUGUGCAGACUCGGCGGUAAUAAGGAUGAACAGAUGGCGAUAUGUCCGGGUCAAACCAGAUACUUUUUCUCCACCCCUGAAGCCUGUCAUGGCCGGCCUCCUGCUUCCAUCCAGUUGGAAGCUCCGAGGUUUCAGACUAGGGGUCGCCGGUACUCCACUGCCACGACUAAUCAUCUGAAGUUCCUUUCCAACGGUCCGAUGUGUCCAUACUGCUUUUUUGCUUUCUCUAUCAUGAGGAUGGUCCGAUCUGCCUCGGUUGCCGGCCACUCGGUUUGCUGGCCAUCCUGAUACUCCAUCGUAUUCACUUUGGUAGUUGUACCAUAAAUGAAUCUAACUUCCCGCCCGGUACAUUUAUUUACCUUCAUCAACCCCU